UUCUUGUACUACAGUGUUUACUUGUCGCCCAGAAAACGGUACUUUUGAGAGGUAAUAGGAGGACAUUGAGAAUUACGCAACACCGGUGUACGUGUACUCAGAAUACCAUAGACAUAACUUGAGGCAUAGUUUUGGUGGGUAGGGUUUCAUGAGUAUUCUCUAUGCUUUGUUUUCAUCAAGUGUGAACUUUUCAAGCCAUUUAAUCAGAGCAAGUCGCUUAUCUACACAUAGCUUUCUUUCAAAAGACGCAAGAGCUGUCUGCACAAUGCCAACCAAUGAGAGGAGUAAAAAACAGACAGGCAGUAAAAAGCGAAAAGCUGAGCCAAGAGUCGAUGGUCAAUCCCCUCCUAAAAAGAUAGCGCCCACUUCGUCAGAUAAAGAAACAAGCAACCCUUCUGAAAACUUGGUGAAAAAGAUUGAAGAGGCACGGAAAAAUGUUGCCCGAUCCAUCGCUGAUUUCAAAUUCAACAAGAAGCGCGUGAGGAUGUUGUCGGAGGCAGUGGAAUUUGAAGAAGACAAUGGAGCUGUUGUCUACUGGAUGUCACGUGAUCAACGUGUACAGGGGUAUUCUUUGUUCUGUUUUAUGGCAGAUAACUGGGCCUUCCUCUACGCUCAGAGACUUGCCCUCAAAAUGGAGGUUCCCUUACACGUGUGUUUCUGCUUGGUUUCCGAAGUUUCUGAAGCAACUAUUCGACACUUCGGCUUCAUGUUGAAAGGCCUACAAGAAGUUGAGCAGGAAUGCCAACGGCUUGACAUUCAGUUUCAUCUCCUGAUUGGCUAUGCUCAGGAUGUCCUGCCGGACUUUGUAGUCAGUCACAAGAUUAUGGGCGUGGUCACAGAUUUCAGCCCCCUGAGGGUUCCCAUGGAGUGGGUGGAGAAUGUGAGGAAGAACCUGCCAAAGACUGUUCCGUUUUGUCAGGUUGAUGCGCACAAUAUAGUGCCCUGCUGGGAGGCCUCACCUAAACUGGAGUACGGAGCCAGGACCAUCAGGAAGAAAAUUCACGACCAGUUGUCUGGUUAUCUGACAGGCUUCCCUCCAGUUUGCAAGCAUCCCUACAAGGCAGAGUUCAAAGCUGAGCCCAUUGACUGGGAAGCUGCAGAGGCAAGUCUAGAAGUGGACCGAUCCGUUACUGAGGUGGAUUGGGCCAUUCCAGGGACAGAGGGGGGACUCAGAAUGCUGGAAUCUUUCUGCAAUAAGAGGUUGAAAUAUUUUAAUGCUGAUAGAAACAACCCAAACAAGGCAGCACUGAGUAAUCUGUCCCCAUGGAUACAUUUUGGCCAGAUUUCUGUCCAGCGAUGUAUUUUGACAGUGAAGGAAUAUCGCAGUAAAUACAAGGAGAGUGUGGACGGCUACAUUGAGGAGGCUGUUAUUCGUAGAGAACUGGCUGACAAUUUCUGUUUUUACAACAAAAAUUAUGACAAGAUUGAAGGUGCUUACGACUGGGCAAAGAAAAGUCUAGAGCUGCACAAGGGAGAUAAGCGUGAAUAUUUGUACAGUCGAGAGAAGCUGGAGGCGGGCAAAACUCACGAUGAUCUCUGGAACGCUGCUCAGAUCCAGAUGGUUAGAGAAGGCAAAAUGCAUGGCUUCCUGAGAAUGUACUGGGCCAAAAAAAUCUUGGAGUGGACUGAGAGUCCUGAACAGGCAUUGGUUGAAGCAAUUUACUUGAAUGACAAGUACGAGUUAGAUGGGAGAGACCCGAAUGGUUAUGUGGGUUGUAUGUGGUCUAUUUGUGGCAUCCACGACCAGGGCUGGGCAGAGAGACCUGUCUUUGGAAAAAUCAGAUACAUGAACUACAAUGGCUGUAAGAGGAAAUUUGACGUCCCUGAAUUUGUCCGUCAAUACAAGGCAAAGAAAGCUUGAGAAUGGAUGAAUCGUGCACAA